AUGGAUCCGUAUAACGUCCUGCAAGAGCAAUUGGUUGGAAUCUCCAACAGCUUACAAGGAGCACUCCAGAAGAUCUCUGAGGACGUCUCCCAAUUGGCCCACAGGGUAGAUCAACUCGAGCAACAUCAACGAGGCCCUGUAGAUGGGAAGCUCGACGAGAUCGUUCAACGACUAGAACUUCUUCCAAAGCUUUACGACAACCAGCUUCAAGAGCUGGAGACAUUUGCUAUUGCAGGGCAAUACCAAUUCACGAAACUAUCCCGUCUAGGUCCUCCUGGUCACGUCGAUGGCUUUGGCGUUCAGGGACCUGGCAUUAGGGGACUACUAGAUCAUCAGAACAAUGGGGGUCCCACCACGGCAGAUGAUUUGGCGCAUGCCCACGUCCUUGAACGGUCUGCGCCUGAUGCCAAUGGCAAUAGCAAUAUUGCACAUCCUCCUCAAGGUCUGCAGGCACAGCAACAAGUUCAACGACUACCACGUCAACAACUGCCGUCCCAGGCCCAUGGUCGCAUGGGCCCGCCUCGGGACCCCAUAAAUCAGAACCCUGUUAGUCUCAGAAUGAUUGCACCUCAACCUUCACCAAACACGGCGGCCAGCGCCGUUUCAAAUCGUCAGUUCAACAACUUGAUAUCGUCGUUGGACAACGAUUCAAUCAUUACACACCUCCCACCCCAACCUUCUCAACAACAACCUGGCCAGCAAGCUCAGCAAGGACAGCAAUCUGGUCAGCAAGGACAACAACAGCAGCAGCAGCAGCAGCAGCAGCAACAACCCAGUCAACAAACACCACCUCAGCCAUCUCAGCAACAGUCCCAACAGCAAAAUCAAAGACAAGCAAACACACAGUCGCAACAAGCUUCAAAGUCGCAGAACGCACAGCAGGCACAGCAGGCUCAGCAGGCACAGCUUGUGCAACGCGGUCGACAAUCUCAAAACCAGGCUUCCAACGGCGGCUCCAACCUAGGUGACCCCACUGACGAGGAAGCACAUCGUCUAUGGGAGAACGUUCCGUUCACGAGGUUAUGCCCAUUGCCAAAAUCGGUACAACAAGUUCUGGAUGAGUACUACUACGGAUACGAGGGACAACCACCGCUCAAGUACCUGGACAAGUACAGAAAGGACUGGAGAAAGGGCAACAAGAACCUCUGCAAGACCUACUGUAGACGUUAUAGGGUUGUACGUGCCGUCGAAGCAGGGGUGAGACAGUACGUUAGAGAGCUGGGCGUCACGGAGGAGCAGGCCCGUGAGCGAGUCGUUGAAGAGCUGGAAGCUGCCCGCAUCAAGCCUAACGGGAAGAAGGAGACUAUGUACUGGCUGUUCCAUAACCUCCCUGCGCAUCUGAAGAGAAGAUGA